AUGGGCGAGUCUUUGCAGCCACUUGGAGAGGAAGAGGAGGGAAAGGAGGAGGAGAAAGAUGAGAAGCAGGCCAAGAUGCAGACCCACAUGAUUGUCUUGAAAGAGCCUUUCCCUACCAUACGUAUUAGGCAACAACACCUUUUCGACCCUUCUGGCUUUCCGUAUUCGCGCCUCCCUUUAACGUCUUGUCUGCUCGAACGCACGUGGAUCUUCACGCCAGGCGCAAACAACAACAUGGCAAGCCUCGGGCUUUCCUAUGACGGCUGCAAUUUCUUCAGACAGCGAUUGGUUUUAUCGACACUAAGCGGGAAGCAUGUGAAAAUAAAAAACAUUCGGUUUAAGGACGACGACCCGGGACUUCGAGAUUUUGAGGCCAGCUUCAUCAGGCUUCUCGACAAAGUGACCAAUGGUUCCAGGAUAGAGAUUAAUCAAACUGGUACUGUGUUAUUUUACCAGCCUGGCCUGUUGUACGGCGGUUCUGUUGAACAUGACUGUAACCCACAGCGUUCAAUCGGAUAUUAUCUGGAGGCGCUGCUCAUGCUGGCCCCUUUUAUGAAGAUGUCUCUGAAGGCAACUCUGAGAGGAGUUACCAAUGACCCCACUGAUCCAACGGUUGAUCUGCUAAAGUCCACAGCACUCCCUCUGAUGAAAAAGUUUGGUAUAGAUGGAGAUGGUUUUGAUAUUACGGUGGUGAAGAGAGGAAUGCCGCCAGGUGGAGGUGGAGAAGUUGUUUUUACGUGUCCUGUCCGCAGGAUAGUCAAACCGAUCCAGCUGACUGAGCCGGGCAAGAUCAAGAGGAUCAGGGGUGUAGCAUAUUCUGUACGAGUUUCACCUCAGAUGGGCAACAGGAUUGUGGUGUCAGCCAGGAGCAUCCUCAACCAGUUCCUCCCAGACAUCUACAUCUACACAGACCACAGGAAAGGAGCCAGCUCAGGAAAGUCUCCAGGUUUUGGUCUAACAUUGGUGGCAGAAACACUGAACGGCUGCUUCUUCAGUGCAGAGAUGUCCUCUGUGCCGCAGGGGCAGGGUACUGUACUGCCUGAGGACCUUGGCAGAAAUUGUGCCAAACUGCUCUUGGAAGAGGUGUAUCGGGGCGGCUGCGUGGAUUCGUCCAAUCAGAGCCUGGCGUUGCUCUUGAUGACCCUUGGCCAACAGGAUGUAUCAAAGGUUCUGCUCGGACCGCUCUCACCGUACACGAUCGAGUUCCUGAGACACAUCAGAGAUUUCUUCCAGAUAAUGUUCAAAAUCGAGGUCCAAAAGCCUUUAGAGGACGAGAGGAAAGGUGGAGAUAAAGUUCUCAUGACUUGUGUCGGAGUUGGGUAUAGCAAUAUAAACAAAACUGUUAAAUAAAUUAUUAUUUUCUA